AUGUCUUCCGGGUUGUAUAAAGAGUAUCCGGAUGUGUAUUUGCCAAAUGCGAUAUUUACAAAGGCAAAGACUAUCGAGGAUAAUACCAAGGCGCUCCUGCUACAAGUUAAACGAAUUGUUCAGAUGAGCACGGAUUUGCUUAUACUCAACGCCGAUGAACAGCCGUGGAACGAACUUGUCAAUUGUAUUCUAAACGGGGUAGUGACGAAGCAGCUUUUCGAGAAACCCAUUCGUAAACUCCAAGUCAAGAGGAUGUACAUGGACACUGGAGAGGAUUGCUAUUUUGAGGCAGCCUACCUUGAUGAUGUGCUUGAUAUUGAAGUCAACUUCAUGCUUGAGGCGAAUUUUUCUUAUCCACAGUCACCGCUGCACAAACUAAAGGUUGAAGAGUCUUUAGAGGAACAAGUCCUAGGGGAUUUCACCCUGAGUCCGCUUUGGGAUCCAGAUUCAAGAUAUUGUCCCGCAUUUGCCGCUAUUAAAGCAACAUGCCAAUUGGGGAACUGGCAAGAAGACCAAAUGCAUGCCGGCAUGGGGGCCGUUGCUAUAUUGGAAAAAGCAAGAGCGCUGGGUGCAGACAGGGAGCUCCUACAUUGCGUUCCAGCGAUCGUCGUGAUUGGCCAUAGAUGGGAAUUGAACUUAGUAUACGAGGACAACGGCGGUAACUACAUUGUGGGUGGUCCUUGGUAUAUUGGCGGUUCCAAUUCCUUCCUGGAAGCGUUAAAGUUGGUUCUUGUUAUAGAGGAAUUGUGGAAGUAUGGUAGUAAGGAGUGGUGGUCCGGUAUGGUGGAAAAUGUGGCCGUAAAGGCGUGUCAAAAGUACAUCGAUCGAAAAAAAGAGAAGGCAGCGAAGCCAAGCCCUUUAAAAUAA